AUGAUCUCAAACUCGACGCGAGAAAAGGCCAAGGCCACGAAAGCCUAUUUGGAGCAAAAGUACGCGGCUAUGAAACGUGAACGCGAGGAAAGUCGUGAGCGGCGCAACACUUUGGAACAGCAGAUGGAAGCGUUGCGUCUUACUGAACGCAAAAAGGAGCAGUAUCGCCAAGAGCUCCGAUCUAAGGAGCUGCAGAGUUUGCGCCACCAGCGAAAGCGUUUAGCAGUCGGAGAUUUUCAACCUCUUGCUGUGAUUGGACGUGGUGCAUUUGGAGAGGUCCGUCUAGUUCGCAAGAGAGACACUGGCGAGAUCUUCGCGCUCAAGUCGCUUGAAAAGAGCGCAAUGACAAUAAGUGGCUAG